AUGUUUUCCAGCUUCUUCUUCAUCUGCUGGCGAAUCGGCCAAUUGGUCACUCUGAUUCCGCCAAUUGGCAUGCUCUCGUGGUUUAUCGAUGGCUUCGUCAAAGCAAACAUCAUCACACCAACAUACAUCCUCGUUCUCUUCAUCGUCAGCGUCUUAGGCGGUGUAUGGGUCCUCGAAACCCUCUUCCGCUAUAAAAACACAAAACGCUCAGCCAUCUUCGUCUCGUUCGUCGACCUCUGCUUCUUCGGCGCUUUGAUAGCUGGUGUCUACCUGCUUCGCGGUAUCGCCGGGGAAAACUGCAAUGAUUUCUCGCGCAGCAACUUCCUGCUUACCCUGGGACCGUUUGGGUACUAUGGCCAGCAACAACAUAACCCACUAAGCAAUGAUCCGACCAAAGUCUGUUCAAUGCUGAAGGCUUCGUUCGCCUUUGGAAUUAUGAACAUCAUCUCCUUCUUCUGGACCGCCGUGUUUGCCUAUUUCAUUUCCCACCACGAGGAACACCAUGAGAAGCGAUCGCGUCGGGGAAGCCACUCUAGCCGCCGAAGCAGCAGCCACAGACAUCGAAGCAGCUCUGGAAGACGGAACUCAUACCAUGUUUAA